CGCGCUGGUUCUAUCGAGCGGCCAUCAGCCCCCCUCCCGACCGCCUCCCGCCGUGUUCCGCAUCGUCUCUCGUAUCUCUCGUAUCUCUCACGUGGCCAGGCCGCCGGGGGCAGCAGGAUUAAAGCAAGCCGGCGCGUUAACGUGCUGUGCCGUGUAACUAGUGGAUGUGCUUCGUCGUCGCUCCUGUCUGCGUCUCGCUCGGUCACGUUAUCAACCAGCCAGUUCGCCGUCUCGCUCGCUCUUGGUGUGCCCUCCGCUCGGAGCUUGGACCGGUCGUCAUCCUGGAUAACGCUCGCUCACCGCGGAGCCAGGCCUGCGUAGCAACGCGCCGACCCGGACCCGCGACGCCGCUGAAUCAACAGGUGGGAAUCUGCGAACUAACAGGUGUAUCCCGGAUGGCGGGGACGUCGGUUACACGAUGACGGAACUGCAGCCGUCGCCGCCAGGAUAUCGAGUCCAGGAUGAGGCCCCGGGCCCACCUUCCUGUCCUCCGGGCCCCUACAAGUACGCGAGUCACGGCCACGGGAGCGAGUCUACCAAUUUCAAGAGUGCCGCGUCGUAUCCUCCGGAAGGCUAUGGCCUUAAGCAGAGUCCGUCUCGGACGGUGCUUCCUAACGAGUACUAUCGCCGCAGAAACGACGGCAGGAGGUCCGCGGAGAACGAGCACGAGGCUCCUGGCAGCGCAGCUAAGAAAGCCACGGCUGCCGGUUACAACGAAAGUCACAAGAAGAAUACUGCGGGCUACAAAAACGACAGCGGGUACAGCGAGAGCCUCGGAUUUGAUAGCUUCACGCUCCCUCUCAACGAGAGAGACGAAGCGUCGCCACCGCCAACGCCUCCAGUCCGAGACGCGUCCAGCCUCAAAGGCGUCUGCUAUGGGCCCGGCCACGAGAAAUACCCGUCCUGGCCCAGCGCGCCGGAGAGACACCCGGACGAGGACGUUCACGGCACAGGCCAUAACAGCGGAUCCCAUCGUUCCAAGUCCUGGACCGAUCACACCAAUUAUCCGAAGGAGAAGCCAGCCCAAUACACCAGACCGCACACGAAGAGGCCCAAUCCGGCGUUCACGCAGCAGCUGAAGACCGUGAUGGAGCGCUGCGAGAAGAUCCCGGCCGAGACUUUCGAGUCCCGCAAUAGGGGCAACGUGGAGGAGGAGCCGAGAUUGUGGCCCCGCGUGGACCGCGAGGGCAAGGCGCUCGGCGAUGAGGAGUAUGUCGUGCCGUCGCCUCCCGAGCGCGAGCAACAGACCGCGCAGACCCUCAGCCACGCUGAUCUGGAAGCCUACGUUAGGAGCUACCAGGAUCCCCAAGUGUCCCAGGUGGACAUAUACCGGGAGGCAACCUUAACGCAAGCAGGUCUCGAAGAGUACACAAGGGUGCAACACUCUCAGCAAGCCAGCUACGCACAAUCCGAAGGCUAUCACAGUUAUGUUUCCAGCGUGGACUCUACAACGAACACUCCAUUCCUCGACAGAUUGCGAAGAGACAGCGAAGCGGUUGCACAGAGGCCAGCCUCGACCUGGGAGGAUACAUCCAGGGAGGGAAGAGACAGCGUGGUAACCACGUCAAGCGGAAGCGCUUCCAGCAGCGAAACCUUAAAAUGGCACGGCUCCAUGUCAGAUGUUAGCGUUUCGAGCGGCUUGCCAGCACGACAAAGUACAUCUGACCGAUGGCACCAUGGCUCGAUGUCGGACGUCAGCAGCGUGAACGGCGGAAUUCUGCCUCAGAAGUCGAGCAACGGGUGUCACGACAAAUGGCAGGGCUCGAUGAGCGAUGUCAGCAGCACUGGCCUUUCUCCGACAACGAAAGGCAGACACAGCGAGAAAUGGCCAGACAAGUGGCAAGUUUCAAUGAACGACCGUAACAAACAGAAUCAGGGUAGAUCCAGUUUGCCAGCCGUGAUCAGUCACUGCAGCUCGUCAACCAGCGUGGCUGAUGUUUCUACGGUACGAGAGAGCAAAUGGCAGGAGUCCAACAUCGACGAAGAAUCUCUAGACAAGUCACAGACCAGCUCUGAAUGGGAUGGUUCGAUGAGAAUCGAAAGCGAUAAGUACGGAUCACUGGCGCAGCCAAUGCCGCAGAGUCCGAUUCGUCAAUCGAUCGGUCCAACGAGUUCACAGAGUCCAGAAACAUGGAACCCGAUCCACGGGUCCAUGUCAGACGUUAGCCAGGCUAAUGGGCUCUCAUGUAGCAAACAGCUGAUCGCUCAUAGCGCCAGAGUGCAGACCCCACAGAGACAUCACUCGGAGAGCGUGCUGUAUUUGGACCGUGAGAGGAACCAACGGAAAUUGUACCCUGUCAGCACUACUCAGCCUCAAGAAUCCACUCAGUCUUCAAGGAUGUCUUCAACGCUGUCCCAGCAGCCGCAGAUAUCAGUGGCGGAGCGCAUCAACGAACUAGAAAAGCAGCAACAGCAACAGAUGCGUUACACCUACUUGGACCCAGAGAAACGACAUCGAGUCUCCGAUCCAACGCUGAAAGCCAUACAAAAGAAAGCAUUGCUGUCUUUCUACGAGAGACACCACCAAGCCUCCUGGCGGUCUGAGCCGCAAUUAGCUCAAGGAACAGCUCCUGCUCCGCAGAGUCCACCGCCGCAACCUCCACCUCGUCCCAGACCAUCAUCCUCCAGACGAGCCAGCUCUGCAUCUGAUUAUGCCAGCGGCGCUUGGCGAGAGAGUGCAAACAGGAGCCAGAAUCAGGGUAACGGAGACUUGCCCAGUCCCAAGCAUCAGCACAGCAACAGCUGCGGCAGUCUGUCCACGGAUUUACUGGGUCCUGUGAUAGUUGGUCCUGCUAUAUCGAUCGAUGACUGGGUACCAGAGAGACCGCCUAAGAAGCCACACCUGAGAAACGUCUACAACGAUCGUGUGCCUAGCCCUGACUUGCCACCGCCAUCUCCCCCAACGGUCACUGAAAACGAAGUACACGAUUGCGACGAUCCACUGCCACCCCCGCCACCCGAGCUCAGCGACGAUUGCUUCACGGACACCCAACGGAAGUCCAAUCAUCACCAGGAUGAGUCCAAGGCUCGUGACAGAUCCUGCGACAGACACAAACUGGAGAGACACUCGAUGAGAAGAUCGAAGCAUGGCCCUAAAAGGGAACACGAGAAGCCUUCGGGAAAGUCAUCGCCUAACUCUCCCACGAAAACGCCUCAGGAGCCAGACCAUCAGUUCGUGAGAGCCACCAUCGCGCUGAAACACGCAGAGUCCGAGAUGGUACUGGAGAACGGUGUCUCCGCUGGCUUCGCCACUCACAGAAUGGUAGCUACAGGUCGAUCCAGUCUGAGAUACCCCUCGACUCAGAAGCUGAUGGUGAAUGGAAGAGUGACUCCGGCGAGAAGAAUAUCAGAGGAGCGGUCCUUCUCGAACAGACCCCCCGCGCAGCUACCUGAUCUCAUAUCGCAGCGAUACAGCGAUUCCGGGAACCAGCGGCCGGCUCCUCAAGUGCCAGUCGAGCCGAGGAUCAUCCGACAGGAGUCCAUGAGAGUGGACGGGUCCAGACUAGACGUUUCCGGAUUACUUAGAAACGAAUCCUCCCAGAGACACGAAUCAUCCUCCGGACAGAGACCUCAGCCCCAAGUGCCCAAGAAUAUCGACAAGACUUCCUCGAGUAAUCAGUCGAAUCAAUCGGUGAGACCAAAUUACUUGCCAGUUCCGGAGAACUCGAAGAGCGCCGCCAAGUAUCUCGAGACCGGGAAUCACGGUUUCUCGAUCGGCAGCCCAGUGAAGACGGGUUACGAAGCGAACUCGAAGAUGUUCCCGUCGGAGUCGAGCCCCCAGAAGUAUCACGAGCCGCCGAAAUACGUGCCGAAUCAUCAUCAGCGCCACGGCGACGUGACGCAAAGGAAUUAUUAUGCGCUUCCGCCGAAGUACAUCGACGCGCCGAAGCAGAAACCUCAGCCGCAGUGUCCCACGGACAGGUACAGCGGCUCGGGAUCGCCGAGUUCCCCGCCGCCGCCUCUGGCGCCACGGCAGAACACUCCGGGCAGGAAGUCGCUGCCGCCACCGCCGCGGCCCGCCCCUCCGCAUGCCAUUCAGGGGAGCCAAUCGAAGGCCUCCUAUCUGGCUUACCGGCGUGAGCGCGGGGCGCCCGACAGCGAGGGCAGCUACAAGAGGACCAUGUCGCCGACAUCGCGGCUAGAGGAUUGGCCGCCGCCGCGGGAUCACGACGAUCCGGUCCUACUACGCGUUACGCCUCAUCAUCCGUUGCAGCAUCAUCACCAUCACCAUCACAACAAUCACCAGCCGGAGUUGUCCAAGUCUCACAGCGUGGACGCCCUCCAUCAUCGGCUGGAGGAGCGCGCCGUGCAACAGCAACAACACUCGACGGAUGUGAUCGGGAAACUGUCGCACGACCUGAACAAGAAGCUGCAGGCGAGCGACGCCAGGUCCAGGACCGCCGAGAACAACAACAACGACAACCUCGAGGACCGGCACCAGCACCACCAUCAUCAUCACCACCAUCUGGAGAAACGGCAGCAGGAGAAGAGGCACGAUUACGAGCAGCGCAGGGAACGACUGUCGCCGCAGAGCGUGGAGGUUCUUAACGACAGGAACCGGCAGCUCGAACGGGAACGUAGAAAGCUGGCCGCCAGUUGCGAACCCCUACCUCAGAACAGAGAGAAGCAAUCCCGAAGCAUGGACGCUCCUUCGUCGGUCGAAGAGGACUUCUUCCGCGAGCGCAGCGCCACCAUCGAGAUGACCUCGCAGAACAUCGAGCUGCUGAACCGUCGCAACGAGAAGAGAGCAACCGCCACUUCGACGACAACUACCACGAUCGCCACCUGCAUCACGACGUCGUCAACGUCGACCACGAUGACGAUCACAACGGACAGUUGGUCGCGUGGCAACGAGGUCCAGACCUCCAUCGAAACUUCACCCGCCUCGGAGAGGCCGCCGCCUCCGACGAGUUCGCCGCCAAGAUCGCCCGAUCAGAUCGAAGGCGACAGCCUCAGAGGAUCCAUUCCCAGACGAUCGGGGAGCUGUUCCAGUUCCUCGUCGUCGUCCAGAUCAUCCGACCCCCGCAUCUCGCCGCGAAAUUUGUCGAAUAGUUUCUCCAAGAUCGAGGGCUCGCCUACCAGCAGGAAAGUCUCCAGUCCAACGCAAACGGAGAGCACUUCGAACAGGUCUUGCUCGCCGGUCCGCUCGAGUCAGACGAACGAGAUAGAGCUAAGAGUGGAGAGGUCAUCCUCGUCGGCCAAGUCCAGGUCGGGAGGCAGGUCCUCGACGUCUUCGAUCUCCAGCAUCUCCAAAGCUUCGUCCUCGUCCUCGCCGAGGAACUCGCCGGUUCAAGAAAUGAAAUCCUCUCCGGCCGCGUCGCCUUGCGUGUCGCCGCAGCCUGGCAUCGAGGGACUGACCCUGGUGCAACGCACCGAGGUCGUUCUCCGAGUGAACACGGCCACUAGCGAUGCUGCCUCGCAGACUGAUCUUUUGGAAACAACGGAGACCGAGGUUUGCACGAAGGCCCACGAACUUCCUCUCUGUCGAAAGAAAUUGCCCGAGGAGAUCGAGUGCGAGGAACUGGGCCGGGAUCUGGCGAGUCAGCUUAGUCCGAAUGAUAAACUGGUUCCUCUCCUAGUUCCAGCGCCGGAGCACAAGAAGCCCGCCGACUACGUUUCCGGUCUGUUCAGGGUGGAGGCGACCUUGCAGCCGAGACCGAGGCGCCGGCUGUCUCUGGAGGAGCCUACGACCCCGUGCUCUGAAAACGGGGCCGACGAUGAGAAAAAGCACGAGUCGAUACCUUCCACGCCGGUCACUCCGCUCUCGACGGAUUCCGUCAGCCCGCUGUCGCCGACGUCGGCGUACUUCACCACGUCCGAAGGGAAAGCCAGGUUCCUCGCGAGAUACUCGCGCGAUGUCACCGUUGAGGGCUUGUCGCGGCAGGAGGACGCGCCAACGGUCAUUCCGACGGACAGCCUUGAUCUCAGGCAGAAAAAGGAGGAAUUGAUGAUGAGGCUCGACAAGAAGCUGGUAGUCCUGAGGGCCGAGCAGGAGGCCGUGAGAGAAGAGGGAGAGGUGAACGAGGCACUGGGAGCUCGCGUCUCGACGCGGAUCUCGGCGGUCGCGCGACCGGCGGAAGCCUCCAAGUAUCGGCUUCACGUGGAGGAAGUCGGAAAGAUCACCAGUCUUCUUCUUGGCCUAAGUGGCAGGCUCGCUCGGGCCGAGAACGCCCUCUACGGAAUGCCGGCCGAUCACGCUGAACGAAAAAUCCUCGAGAGCAAGAGGGACAAGCUGGUGGACCAGCUCGAGGAGGCGAAGAUCCUGAAGAGUAACAUCGACAAGCGCAGCGUGAACGUCUCGACGAUCCUGUCGAAGUACCUGAACGACGAGGAGUUCGCCGAUUAUCAACACUUCAUCAAUAUGAAGGCGAAGUUGAUCGUGGACGGCCGCGAGAUCCAGGACAAGGUGAAGCUCGGCGAGGAGCAGCUGGCCGCGCUGAGGGAGGCGAUCGACUAGUCGUAACAAAAUUGCACCGAUCGCGAACCGAUCGUUACUGAGGGACGCGUGGCCCGCGUUCCCAGCGAACAGCGAAUUCGCGUUGUCUUUCUGUCGCUUUCCCCCUUUUUCGUUUCUUUUUUUUUCUUUUUUUUUCCUUUUGGAUUGUUCUAUUGAGCGCCCCUCGACCAUGAUGGAACGACGAAGAGAAGGAGUACGCAACUUGCGAACAAGUUUUACACGCGUCUGCGACAUCGGUGAAUGGAAAGUGAUAAAUAUCCAUAAUCGAUAGGUAUCGGUAGCUUGAAAUUACUUUUUAACCGUUCUGUGUAUAUACAUGUAUCCGCGUCCUAGACGGACGAAGCGUCGAGGAGCCUUUACGUCUAGAGAAAUUGUACUUGUCCCCCAGUUCUUUUGCGACCAACAGAAUUUUAUAAUCGAUCCCACGAUUACCAAGUGUACUUUCAUGUCCACCGUCCUAGGUGGAACUGCUCCGUGCGAGCGGACGAUCUUCAAGAUCCAGAGACAGCCGUAAGUGCCUAGUCGAUGCCGAGCUCGCGUCAGUUGUUACCCGCGGUCCGCCCAAACAGAUAAGAAUGAACUGUAAUUCGUGAACGGGAGACGAUCCGGCGAAGAGAACUGUUAUGCUACCUUACGUCAUAAGGGAAUCGUUGAUUGUCUGUUAUUUUCAUGUAAAUUCGGUAGUCUUGUGUCAUAAAUCGUUAUUGCAUGUCCUGCGCGGACGUUGAAGUCUCCGGGCAGGUAGGAAACGUUUCAGUGUUGCGAAUCAAAAUUUUAAUAUAUUCCAGAGAAUCGUCUCUCAAGUUUAUGCGUUAAUCGAAUUGUUCGAAUUGGGAAUCGCGGUUCGAGGAAGCGGGAUGGCAGUUGGUCCAUCGCACGCUCGUUCUCUUCGGCGUCAAGAGCAAACGCAAUCGAACGCGAGACGCGCGCGGCUUACGGACACGUUUCCAUUUACCUGGUCAGCAUAAUGGUUCGUUCGCGGUGGCGCGUGUCGCGGGAUUAUUGACCUAGAAUUACUUCUGGUGCCUUCUUAUAUACGAUAUGUGAUAUAAGGGUAAGGAGUCACGUGGUCGUGAGAGAUGAUGUCCGAACGAUGCAAGGCAACCGAGCGGCGUGUUGUGUAGCGUGUACAUAUAUAUAUUAUAAACGAAGAGAAAGGUAGUCGUUUAAGCGAUGACACACCCGUAGGACAACACACAGAUAUACACACCCACACACACCCACACAGGUUGGAGAACACGGUGGACACCGGUGCGCGAGCACGCACGCGCACGCGAAACACGUUCAAUUCAGAACCAUUCUACAUGCUCACGUAUACAACGAUUUAUUAUUAUUUUUUACGUUUUAUUCUAACCCCAGGGGCUCCCGUGAGCCCCUAUGACGCUUGUGAUCUUACUUAUCUCUGUAUGGCCGAGCCAAGGACUCUCGAAACCGGGCAAGAUUGGUGAAUCGGACUUUCGAGCCUCCGUGGCGGUCUUACGAAAAAUUUUAUGCCUCGGUCGUUUUUGAACCUGUCGAUAUUCGCUGCUCCCAUAACCCUUUCUCAACCCUUGUUUCUACGCUUCCUGUCUUCUCCGUUGGCGAUCGUCUCGCGACCGGUCACGGUCGAUCACGAUGACGAAUCCGGGUACAGAGAAGACAAUUCUAGACGAAAUUCAAAGGGAAGGAUCCUCCGGUUCUUUGAGCUCGGUAAUGAGAUACUUAUCCGUUGACUCAAAGACUCCGAGAUGGAAUCCGUUCUUCAUGUACGUUCCGGCGAACGGUUCGCUUGUUCACGGUGAAAUUUGUAACAGUUCUAGAGAAUUUUAGUGGAACGCGCUGAAAUGUGUAUUUAGAAUGGUUUGAGAUUUCUGUAGAAUUAGAGAGAAUAUGCAAGUAAUCCGGAGGGAAGGUGCAAACCGUUAACA